AUGGAAGAUGGGUUUGCGCGUAUCAAAGAGGAAUAUGUCUUGGAAAGUAAUAAAAAGUGUGGAAAUAAUGAUGUCAACAAGGAGGUAGCUGCACCUGUUAAACAGCCGGAAAAAAGGAGAGGAAUGGAUCGUCAAAGAAAAGGCAAAAUGUUAAAAGCCAAAAUUGAGAUGGGUAAAAAUGAAAUUCGGAUAUGUCCUUCUGUCCUUAGCGAAGAUAAUGUUAAGUGUAAAUAUGGUGAUAAAUGCUCGGCAAUGCAUUCUAAGGAGGAAUAUUGGGCAAAGAAACCACCAGAUAUUGGAGCAGUUUGUCCUAUCUUUGAACAACAGGGGAAAUGCAAGUUUUCGUUGGCUUGUUCUUUUGCUCGGGCUCACACUAAUCUAGAAACUUUGGAUCAGAUUGAGAAGGAUCCUAGCCCUUCUUGGAAGCCUACAAUUAAUGCUCAGACUAUACAAUUGCAAAUAAAUCUAAGAAAAAAUCUUUGCAAAUUUGAAACAACAGAAACUGCACUUAAAGAAAUUUCUACCACUAUUGGGUGUAUGGAAAGAGAGACUACUUUAAAUAUGAAAACACUGCGUGGUAAAACUUAUCUGGCACCACUCACAACUGUUGGCAAUUUACCUUUUAGACGCCUCUGUGUUGAACAUGGAGCUGAAAUCACUUGCAGUGAAAUGGCUAUGGCUACUCAAAUAUUGAAGGGUCAACCAUCUGAAUUAUCACUUUUAAAACGCCAUCCCAGUGAAAAACUUUUUGGUAUACAAUUAGCUGGUGGCUAUCCAGAUACUCUUGGCAAAGCGGUUGAAUUAAUCAAAGACAAUUUUGAUGGUUGCCCCUUGGAUAAUGUAAAUGAAAAAGGGGGAGGAUGUUCGUUGGCAUCAAGACCAAAUAAACUUAUUAAUGUUCUCAAAUUUAUGCAUAAAGUGGCUGAUAAAUUGCCAAUUUCAAUAAAAAUGCGUUAUGGAAUGAAAGAAGGGAAAAGAACUGCACACACAAUAAUUAAACAAAUAGUUCAACAAAGUCCUCCACAAUUAUUAACUUUACAUCCAAGAUCAAGAGAUCAACGUUACACAAAAUCAGCAGAAUGGGAUUAUGUAAAUGAAUGUGCCCAAGCAAUCGAGGGUCAUUUUCCAUUUUUUGUUUGUGGUGAUGUUUUAAGUAUGGAAGAUUAUUACAAAAAUAUUUCUCUGUGGCCAAUUGAUGGAAUUAUGAUUGGAAGGGGAGCUUUAAUAAAGCCGUGGAUAUUUACUGAAAUUGCUGAAAGGAGAAAUUGGGAUAUUUCUUCGAGAGAAAGAUUUGAUAUUAUAAAAAAAUUUACAAAUUACGCCUUAGAACAUUGGGGAAGUGAUAAUAUUGGAGUUGAAAAUUCGAGAAGAUUUUUGUUAGAAUGGCUAAGUUUUCAACAUCGAUAUAUUCCUGUUGGAAUUUUACAAGAACCUCCUCAAAAAAUCAAUCAACGCCCUCCAAAUUAUCGAGGAAGAGAUGAAUUGGAAACACUUUUGGCUAGUCCAGCAUGUUCUGAUUGGAUUAAAAUAAGUGAAAUGUUUUUAGGGAAAACGCCUGAAGGAUUUGUUUUUGUCCCAAAACAUAAUGCUAGUGCUUAUUAA